AUGUCCUGCUCUCUGCUAUUUUUUCUUGCCAUUGCUAUCAUUCACAUCACGGCAUCUGAUGAAGCAGCACAAAACGCCACUUCUUCAGCAAUCACUCAACUCUCUUUGGGCCGUGGGCAAGUAGAUCAUAACAAGACAUACAAUGAAGGAGUGGUAAAAAAUGGGGACUCAGUAUAUUACCGAGGUGGCACUGGUGGGGGGGGUGGAGGAGGAGGUGGUGGCGGUGGUGGAGGAGGUUUCUCGUGGGGAUAUGGGGCCGGUGGUGGCGGGGGCGGCGGAGGUGGUGGUGGUGGAGGCACUGGAUGGGGUUGGGGAGGAGGAGGUGGUGGUGGCAGUUGGUGGAAGUGGGGUUGCAGCAGGCAGCCGAAAUCGAGCAGACACAGAAGUCACCGGAAAUGGAUGCAUGACAAGGAAGAGUACGUGAUGGGCGAGUUUGCUCAGUGCAUGGUUAAAGGAAGGUGCAAAGGAAUGAGAUUGGAUUGCCCUCUCCACUGUGGUGGACCUUGCUUAUAUGACUGUAGGUAUAUGUGCAAAGCUCAUUGCCGACGCUGAGUUUGACUUCGAUUCAUUAUCAGGCACUCUUAAUCUGUUUCUUUAUAACACUACCAUCUCAUAGAUGUUAGAAUAGCAGGGUUGUUGAGGUGAUAUUGUUGUCUCCGUUUGAUCAGUGAGGAUUGAGCUAAUGUUUCUGAGAUAGCUCUAAGCAUUUAGUGUGAUCGUUUGUUUGAAAAACUGCUGGGUUUUGGUGUCAACGUUUGCAUGACUGCUGGGGAUUUGUUCAUUAA